UCCCCUCCCCACCCCCAUCUCCCCGCUCCCGGCAGCAAGGAACAAGAUGUCAAAUAGGGCCACACAUUGGUGCUAUGCCUGUCGGAGACCAAUUCGCCUCUGUGGACAGGAUAUCAUAUGCCCCAACUGCAAUGAUGGUUUUAUCCAGGAAAUCAGUGAGAUGGGUGGCACGCUGAACACUUACGGACUAGUUGAUCCGGACUUUGAAGAGCGCCGAGCUAGAAGAUUUGGGAUGAUGGAGGCCAUGUCUUCCCUUAUGCGGCAACGAAUGGCAGAAACGGACAUAGAUAGUUUGUUUGAUAUCCAUGGUAGACAAGGGACCAGUACUGAACAUGGAAGGCGUCCAACUUCUGUUCCUACGCUGUUAUUUGGUAGCAACCCUGCUCCUAGAGCCGACAGUGGCAAUGUUAAUGUUGUCUUCAGUGGAGGCCGCAGACUUGGCAUUGACCGUCCAAAUUUCAGUCGCUUCCUUGUCGGUCCCAGCCUUGAAGCUCUAUUUGAACAGCUACUACUCCAGAGUAACCGUCAAGGCCCAGCUCCCGCCCCACAGUCAGCUAUUGACUCCAUGCCUGUGGUGAAGAUAAACCGCAGGCAUCUCAACGAUGAUCCACAGUGCCCAGUUUGCAAAGAAAAAUUCGAGAUUGGAGCAGAAGCGCGGGAGAUGCCAUGCAAGCACUUGUACCAUACUGACUGCAUCAUCCCCUGGCUUGUUCAGCACAAUUCUUGCCCUGUUUGCCGCCAUCCGCUGCCAUCACAACGAUCAGGGAAUGCCAAUAGCACCCGCACACCUUCAGCCUACUCCAACGAGGCUGCUGUUCUUGGUGUCACUGAAGCAGAUCCUGAACCUGUGCCAAUAAACAAUGGUGGUGCAAAUCAGGAAACGCACAGCUCCUUCUCGUUUCUCUGGCCAUUUGGUCCCUCAAGUUCCAAUCCCACUUCUUACCAGUAUGAAGAAACUGUUGAUGAGCCUGCAGUAUAUGAUCCAAACCAGAUAGGAUAUUCUGAGUGGUACUAUGACCACUGAUUGAACCCCUGCUCCAAGUCCAAGCCAUCAAAGCAAGUAUUGCCUCGAACCUUCAGCUUUCGUGUGGCAUUCCUCAGUUCCAUGUGGAUAUAGUGCCUGCAAUGGUUGCUCUCCGGGUAAAAAAGGAUGCCACUUGCCUGUAGUCUUGUCAGUGUAUACCUUGUUUUUCAUUUGCAGUGUGGACCUGUGUAAGUGUGUAUAGAGAGAAUAGAGACUUCUGGGCGCAAUGAACGCUCCUGUAAUGCCCGUAUAUUCCUGUUCGGUAUAUCAAAGGUUGCUUCUUGCCUGUCCAGUCUGAAGCUAUGCAUAAGAUUCCUA